CUUAUCAAUCGCGUCAGCCAUCACCGAGUUGCGGACGUUUCGCUGUGGUUCUUGUUCUAGUAUAGAACUCUAUAAAGUCUUGGCGGCCGAACUAUCAUGUCUAGGAAUGUCGGCCCACUAACUUCUCGUGCACUUGUUCAACCUCAAGAUGCCCUCAAUGAUGGAUAAGCAAGAGCCUCACAUAGUGGGGCACGAUCCGUCGGAAUCUGCGGCAGCAUCUGAAAAAUCUAUCCAGCCAAUUCAUCCGCUGCAUUUUCGUUCUGUAGCAACCCAGGUCAUCCUUGUGUCGGUCGCAGCAUUUUGCACUAUAGGCUCCUUCAAUGCCCUUCAAGGUCUUGGCGGCGCAGGACAAGAGCAGCCGUACGUAGCCAAUGCCGCGACUUCUAUCAACUUUGGUCUCAUGGGCAUCGUAUGUUUGCUUGGUGGCCCGGUAGUCAAUGUUCUGGGGGCGAACUGGGCCCUCGCGAUCGGGACCAUUGGUGACCCCAUCUUUGCUGCUGCGCUCUACUGUAGCACCAAGUACGGCACGCAAUGGUUUCUCAUCUUCGCCGCCAUCUUUCGGGGCGCGGCCAGUGGUCUCUUUUGGGCAGCGGAAGGAUUCGUCAUCAUCGGGUAUCCGCGCGAGCAAUGGCGAGGACGAAGCAUCACCACAUGGGUCGCGUUCAAAGAGCUCGGGAGCGUCGUUGCGGCCUCGAUAAACCUGGGUCUUAGUGCUCACGACAACCAGUCUGGUCACGUCGGGUAUAAUGUGUACUACGUGACCAUGACGAUCAUGUGCCUCGGUCUGCCCGUCGCGCUCCUCGUGUCGCCGGCCACCAAGGUACGACACAGCGACGGAACGCUCGUCGCCGUGAAGACCAGUAAACGGUUUGGCGCGCUGUAUGGAUACAAGGACGAGUACCUGCGACUGCUCCAGCAAUUCCGCAAGACUGAUAUCCUCUUGUCGAUCCCGUAUGCCUGUUUUGCCUACUUCUACUACUCAUUUGCCCACACCUUCGUCACCAAGCACUUUUCCGUCCGCGGCAGAGCGCUGGUGUCGCUGCUCACGGCCGUUGCGUCCAUCUUCGGUUCCGCGUUCGUCGCCCUGAUCUCGGACCUCGGGACGCGGAGGAGGAACUACAGGCGGGACUCCCACAUGGCGAUGACCUGCCUAGUAUUGGUGCUCUGUGCGAUAACCUGGGGUUGGUUCGCCUACACGGCCCUGGAGCCGCCGGUCAAGAAGCUCGACUGGCUCGACCCGGGCUACGGCAAGGCGGCGGCGUCGGUAGCGCUCCUAUUCCUGGCCAUGCAGUCUGCCCAGACCUUCCUCUACUGGAACGCGGCCCAAAUGUCCGAGACCAUCGAGGAGACCGCGUACCUGGCCGGCGUGGUCCGCGGCAUCGAGUCGCUGGGCCAGUGCGUGGCUUAUGGUAUCAAUGCCUCCGAUACGAAGCCGGUCGUUAGCGUUUCUAUCAACUUGGCUUUGCUGGCCAUUGGGGGAGCAUGCCUGGUCGUGUUGACGCUUAGGAGGAGGUGA